UAUUUUUAUUUUAGGGUCAAAAAGUACCCUAUGUUUUGUUCCAAGGUCCCAUUUACCAUUUUAAUAAAAUCAUCUUGAUUUUUUCAGCUGUGUAACAGACAGACAGACUUACUUUCGCUUUUUUAAUAUUAGUAAGUAUAGAUAAAAGUAUAGAAUUAUAGAUUCUCUAAUUUAUGCUAGACACAGUUGCUAUGGCAACCAUUCAAAGUCAAAACAAUUUACUAGACUGGAAAUAUUGGAUAACAUUUUGUUAACCAGAAACAAUUACAAUGUUUAAACAUACAUAUUUAUAAAAUAUGUCUGCAAUUAGAGAGUUUAUUUUAAGCUCCACAGAAAAAUUCUACAAUUUACCAACAUUAGUAAUAGAAGGCAACAAUGAAGAUAUUUUGGUGGAUUUUCUUCACAAUGCACAAACUCUCGUACUUCAAACAUACAUUGGUGUUGAUCAUAAGAUAACUUUCAUAACAACAAUACAAGGAGAGCCAAAGAAAAGUAUUAUCUUUUAUAAAACUUCAUAUCAAUCUCUGGUUGGGGAAGAUGCUUUGAAUAAUAUCAAUAUUAUUACCAUGAGCACUGGCGCUGCUGAGUCUUUGUACCAAAUAUUAAGACAAAUUUUUAGUCCCUUAUUUAACUUAGGAGAUGAUUUGUUUUCUAACAAAGUACAGAAAAAUUUAUUAGACUUAGAAACAAACUUGAGAGUUGUUGCACAUGGAAAAGGAGAUGAAAAUAUAAACGUAAUAUUAUCUAUUGAGGAUGAAGUGGAAUAUUGGAAAACAGUGAACCAAAAAAGAGAUACCAAUAAAAAAGAAAGAGAAGCCGCAUCUGCUUUUUGUGUUCUAUUUGAAGAUAUUUGUGAAGAAAUACGGUCUCUGCAAUCCAGUCCCAUAAACGAAGGAAGAGAUUUAGUUGAAAAUAUAGCUGGCAUAUUGGAUGAUGUAUGGAGAUACACAGUACACCCAUAUACACAAGAUAGAAUGAUACACAUAUUUGAUCUUCUAGGACAUGUUAUAUGCUCAGUGUUACAAAAAGCAGCAAUAGAUAUUGACAUAUGGACAGUGCACAACGGAGUGAGAGACAAUGAAAUUGUAGUACUGUUAUCUGAAGCACUCGAGGCUAUACAAACUUGGAGCAGCGCGUGCGAUUCGCUCACCCGCACCUAUUGGCCCAACUACGCUUUACAUGCUUGGAAAGGAAAACCUUAUACUCCAUUAUUUUGUAAUAAUUUUCACGCGAGACUCAAAGAGAUAUAUAAUAUAAGAUCCACUUUCAAUCAGCUAUGUAAGCUGCUAACAAAUAAUGAGCGAGAAGAGUUAAACACCAAUCAGUUAUUUGAACCUUUCAAACAUAUCAAUGUAUGGAUAUACAAUGGCCCAAAUAAAAUUUGGGACAACGCUGUUGCAAGAUUCUCUGCAAACUUGCGACCUGCAGAGUCGAAAAUUGCUGAAAAAUUAAAGCCACGGUUGCACAACACAUCAACAAAACAGAUGCUUUAUGAGUUCAUGCGAUACAAGACACUGUUGAACAGACCUGUGGUGAAGCAAGCUCUGAGCAGCGAGCUCGAGCUGUUCGUGAGCGAACUGCUCGCAAUGCUGCACGCAGUCCGCGCGCAGUUGGACGCGGACGAGCUCGACGUCCAGAUGUGCGCGCCGCCGGACACGUCGCCACUGGUACAGCGGAUACAGUGGGCCAAACAGAUGGAGGCUAAAGUAAAGGAAAUAAAAGACUGUACUGAAAACUAUUUGACGGAGUUUGAGAAAAGCGCGGAAGUGUUACAACUAUCUGUGCAUAUUCUCAAAGAUCUCAAAAAUAUGUACACGCAGUUGCACGAAGAGUGGUCCAGAGAUUUGCAGGCAGAGGUGAAACAAUCGACCCAUCUAUCAGAAACGAAGCCAGUGGUGGAGUUUUCGAGUAGCGACCAGCUCAUGGUCGUGAACUAUGACCCGCAGUUAGUGCGCGCGGAGUCCGAGGCUCGCAUACUGAUGUCCAUGGGACUCCCGGCUCUCAACCCCAACACCACGGCCGCGCUCCAGGCGCUCAUUGCGCCGCUCAAACAUGCAAGAGCCUUGCACCAGGUGGCUUCGUUCCACAACACCCUCGGCGAGCGCAUGGUGCCGUCCACCCGUCCCAUGAUGCUGCAGACAGCGCUGGAGCUAUCAGCACUCGUGAGCGAGCACCAGCCGCUGUACUGGCGCGACGCUGAGCAGCUAGCAGUCUACACUGACCAGCUGAAGCAGAUGGUGCUCAAGCUGGAAGGACAGAAUGUUUACCUGACCGGACAACAUAUAGCUAUACGUAAUAUAGUCGAAAAGCUUAUGGACACAGAGCUUCUUGCCAAGCUUACAGAAUGGAAAAGAGGCAUUAAAGAUAUAAGGGAUAUUAUUGAAAAGGUGGAGGCGAACGGUUACAAGAAUACGGAGAUGUGGCGUUCGCACUGGAACCUGCAGUUGUACAAAGCCCUGGAGUGCCAGUACAUUAAGACAUUGCUGUCUUUACACACACACUUCCCCAAUGUUAGGGUGGAUUUAGUUUUACGCGGGCGCGCCGUCCGUCCGUCACCGUCGCUGGAAGAGAUCCGCAUGCAGCACUACACUCAGCUGCGCCGGCUGGUGGCUUCGCCCGCGCACUUUGUCGGGGUGCAAACCAAUAUCUCCGAUGAUACUUCAGUUUUCGCUUCUAUUGUUGACAAGCACAGUUGGCUGGGCAACAAAGCAGUCCCGCAGCUCGAAGCCGCGCUGUCGGCCCUGGAGCGCACUUGCGCCAAGUGGACGCAGCGCGCGGCGCUCGGCUGCGUCGACUUGGACGCGCUGUGCGCCGAACACUUGAAGGAGCCCGCCGACUGGGAGCUCAACUUUAAAGCCUGCAAGGCCUAUGGGCAAGCUGUCGCUAAAAUGAUGUUUGAGGACGAAAAAAUAGAAUGGAUAACUGUAGGAACGGUGACAUUGCGGCGCGAAUUCGAAGCCCAAGCGCGCAGUCUGUGGACGAGCCUCAUGGCCUCCUUGCAGACGAGCUGCCGCGACGAUGCGACCGCUCUCGACUCUUUCAUGGCCAACGCCACGCUCAUGUUGGAGAAUAAAGCCAUUCCCAAAAAUGGCAAGGAACUCGCAGAGAUCAGUGCUAAACAACAGGCUGUCAGAGUCAGAAUACCAGAGAUGGAGAAAAUGGUGGAGGACUUGAAGCGCAAAGGCCAUUUGUUGCGCACUUGGGGCGGAGACUCCUCGCUCGACAGCACGUUCCGUGAGUGGCACAAACUGCACGAGCAGAUGCUCAGCCAGCAGCAGAUGUUCGAACAUCAGGCAGAAAUAGUGAAAUCAAGUUUGACCGGGGAAUGGAAGAAUUUGCAAAGCGGUAUGGAAGCGUGGGUGUCGCGCUGGACUCAAGCGAAGGCUCGUCUCGAGGACACGCGCGACGCCACUUACGAGCAGAUAGCGGACAGGUGCCGCUCUGUACUCGAUGCUGUGGAACACUGCGAUAAGCUUAUUACUGAAAAGCAAGAGCUGAUGAUAGAAUGUGAAAAGUUCAACAUACAACUUGAGUCAUCCGAAACGUGGAUGGAAGCUGAAUCAUUAAAAACUGAAUAUGUUAACUUAUGGACUACGUUCAAAGACUAUGAUGAUGAAUAUAAGGCACUCGGCGAGCAAGAGUGGGCAGUUUUUCAGAAAAAGUUGCAUCUACUUGAUGAUUUCAUUAUGCGAUGGACUGCACAACUUGAACCCUUUACGUCAGUUACUCUGUACAUUAAACAAGAACUGGACAAAUACUCUGAUCUCACACCGUCGCUUAAAUACUUACGUGGUACGGAUUUCACGGAGAAGCACUGGCGAGAGGUGUUCAGUCUCGUGGCUCUGGAGUAUGUGAAGCCUGAAACACUACAACUCAAACAUUUACUGAGCGUAUCGCUAAAUAUCAAGAAGAAUAUAAAAGCUCUGCAGAAAAUAAGCAGCUCAGCGUCCAGCGAAGCGUCCGUCCGAAGCGCUCUGAACGAGUUGGAACUGUGGUACGCUUCCGCUCGCUUCGCCGUCAUCUACUACACGGACAAAUCGAAGCGACUCACACCCAUCGUGAAGGAUUUUAAAGAUUUACUAGCCAAAGUCGAAGAGCAGCAAUGGGUCGUUUCGUCUCUAGGGAUGGAAUGUACCUCGUGCGCGACCUGGGAUGCGCGUCUACAGGCCGCCAAGCGUUUAGUCCGCUCUGCGCAUCAUGCUCAACGGAGGUGGCUCUACUUGGAACCGAUACUUUCUAACGAUGAGGGAGAUCUCGGAACCAAGUUUCGAAAAGUGGACCAAGGAUUCAAGCAGGUGACGAGAGUCAUUGAGUCAGACCCUCGCCUGUCGGCUUUGGUGCAGUCGCCGAGGCUGCAGCCCAUGCUGGAUGCUAUUUCCGAACAACUGAACGCCUGCCAAUCUGCACUGAACGAUUAUAUUGAUGAAAAGCGAUCAAUUUUCCCGCGGCUAUAUUUUCUGAGCGAUGAUGAUCUCCUGGAACUACUCGGGCAAGCGCGCGCGGGCGCUGAAGGCAGAGAGGCGGUGAUGCAGAACCAUCUCAAGAAGCUGUUCCCCGGUAUCACUGGUGUGCGGCUCGGCCCUGGGGGCUUGUGUAUCACAGCUUUGAGCAGCCAUUAUGGUGAAAUGUUCCAACUUGAUCACCCUGUCGAUAUUGAUUGUUCCGUAGAGGUCUGGCUCAAAAACCUAGAACAAGAAAUACGUACAUCGCUAAGAAACAUGACAUUAAAAUGCCUAGUUGCAAAUAGUUUGCAAGACCAAGAUCCAUUUUCGCUGCCGACGCAAAUAUUAUGCCUAGCACAGAACAUUAGGUUCACCGAACAGACUGAGAGGGCAAUAACGUCUAAAGAACUCCACAAGUUAAAAGAUAAUCUAGAAAAUGAAACCACAUAUUACGCAUCCACGGAAGUAGAGGAUGAAAGUGAGAAAUAUAAAAAACAAGCCCUAAUAUUGCAAAGCGCGUACUAUAGAACAGUAGUACAAACUCUAAUUGAAAAUAAUGUGACUACAACAAACGAUUGGUUAUGGCAGAAACAAUUAAGGUUUUACUUGCUAAGCAGUAAGGAAGUUGUAGCUAAAAUGGGAUUGGCACAGAUUUCAUACUCCUAUGAGUACCUCGGUGUGAACAACGGACAAUUUGUGCGCACCGAAACUACUGACGAGAGCUUUCUAAUACUUACACAAUCACUGCAUCUUGGAUUAGUUGGCAACCCGUUUGGUCCUGCUGGAACAGGAAAAACGGAAUCGGUGAAAGCUUUGGGAGGCCUAGUUGGUCGUUUGGUUCUUGUCUUCAACUGCGACGAGGCGAUGGACGCCCAGUGUAUGGGGCGCUUGUUGAGCGGGGUGGCGCAGUGCGGCGCUUGGGGUUGCUUCGACGAGUUCAACCGACUGUCAGCCGACACCCUCGCCGCCGUGUCGCAUCAGUUCGCGUCUCUGUUGGCGGCCACGCACAAGCGAACGCCUACCGUCGAGCCCACAGCACUGCUGAAUGGAAAACAAGUGGUGGUGUCUGCGUGGUGCGGUGUGGCGGCCACAAUGAACCCCACGGGACGCGGGUACGGCGGGCGGCGCGCGCUGCCGGCCGCGCUUCAGCACGCGCUGCGCCCGCUCGCCCUGCGCGCACCGCCGCGUCGCGACCUCGCUGCGCGUCUGCUGGCCGCGCACGCCGCGCACCAGCCGCAGACGCUGGCCGCCGACCUGGACACAGUCUUCACUCUGGCCAGUACCCUGUUGAGUGGUCAAAGCCAUUACGACUGGGGCUUGCGCGCAUUGAAAGCGGCGGUUGGCAGCUGCGGUGCUGCGCUGUCCGCCAACGCUGCCGCAUCGCACGAGCAGCAACGCGCGCUGUUGCGCAAAGUGUUGCGCCUCAACAACCUGUCCAAGCUUACGCAGUACGAUGCAGAGAGAUUUGAAAAUAUUUUAUCAAUGGUUUUCGCUGGUGUACCUGAGGAGCAAACAGGUGUAGAUCCUAUUUAUUCUUUCCUUGAUGCCACAGUCAAACACCUUGGUCUUAUCCAUAACAAACAACAGAUUCAAAAGUGUAUGGAGCUAUUCGAACAGUUGCAACAAAGAAUGGGAGUAGUAAUAGUUGGCCCACCAGGUUCGGGUAAAAGUACAAUACGACAGAUGCUUAAAACUGCUUUAACAUUACAAGGAAAGACUAUCGUGGAGCAUGUUAUAUACCCCAAGGCGAUGAGUCGCAGCUGGCUGCUGGGUCACAUCGAGCUCGACACGCGCCAGUGGACCGACGGCGUCAUGUCCACGGUCGCGCUGCAAGCGGCCAACCAACCCGACGAUGUGUGGUCGUGGGUAGUGUGCGACGGCGACAUAGAGCCGGAGUGGGUGGAGGCGCUGAACUCAGUGCUGGACGAUAACCGGCUGCUGACGCUGCCGUCGGGCUGGCGCGUGCAGUUCGCGCGCAACGUCAACUUCCUCUUUGAGACGCACAGCCUCGAGCACGCCUCGCCUGCCACCAUCUCUAGAAUGGGGAUCAUAUUACUGAGCGAUGAAAGCCAUUGUGCUGAGGAAAUUUUGGAGAAUUGGAUACAAAAGACGGAAUUCGAUAAUGAAAGUGCAAAGUUGUCUAUGCCACUGUUGAAUCAAACUGUGAAAAAGUGCAUACAAUGGCUGGACAAACAUAAAUCUGAUGUUGUUGUUAAACAUUGUUGUAUGUCUUUGGUAAGACAGAUAUUAACUCAAUUCGAAUAUAUAGCACAAGAUAUAAAUGCAACAACAGUACACAUAAAUCCCGAUGAAAUGGUUUGGUUGGCAGUGCAACGUAGCAUUGCGGGUUUGCUGAAAAGCAGUGCUGUUGACAGUUUUUAUGAUCACCUGGAGAUGUCGCCGCUAAUGGUAGUGGAGGCGCCGGGCGCGUGCAGCGAGUGGGCGGACGCGUUGUACCGCUCGGCGCGCGUGCGUGCGUGCGAGCCGGCCGUGCGCGCCGCACUGCACGCGCGCACGCACGCUGUGGUCAUCGGACCCGAUGCGUGCGCUAAGAACACAUUAGCCGAAUAUAUACUCGGAGAAUCAAAUUCGACAAUGAUAAUUAUCGACUGCACUCCCAUUUUAGAACCAGUGGAUAUUAUUGCUGAAUUAAAAAGAAAGAAUGUAGUUCACAGCGGCGGUCGAGCGACCACUGGCAGUACAAGUCGCGCGACAUUACUUGUUCGAUCGCUUCACAGAGCAUAUCGUGAUUCGUGGGGUUCCUCGUUAGUGCAUUCCUUUUUGCUACAGUUGAUACAGCAGAAUGGGUUCUGGGCGCGGGAGGAAGGCGGGCCGCAGUGGUACAGCACGGGACGCAUCGCUAUUGUGGCCACGGCGACAUCGCACGCCAUGCUGACUCCUCGACUAGCGGCUACUCUAGUGCCUAUUGUUCUCACAGAGCCAGAUGAAAAGGAACUAUUAGAACUGUCGAGGUAUUACCUUGCAGAAAGUGUUGGCAACAACAUAUCAGAUAACGAGAUGUCUGAGCUUGCACGUCAUAUGUUUUCAUUGUACAAAGAGGUCACAGAAACAUUCCACUCAAGAUCGCACUACGUCUGGAAUCCUUCACACCUUAAAACUUGGUGUGGAAACAUUAAAUGGUACUCCACUUCCAAUAUGCAGGAGCUACUUAUAGCCAUUAAGUCUGAAGCCAACAUGAUAUUCAGAGAAAGACUUGUGACGGAUGACGAGAAGUCUCAAUUCAAUACAAUAGUACGCAGUUACAUUAAACUUGAUGACAGCGAACUAUUCUUUAAAGCGAAAGUGCGCGGCGACGGAGUGCAUUUGGAAUCAGUUGAUUACAAGGAAUGGUAUCAAAAUAUACAGAAAGUAAUCAACCAAUGCCUAACUGAUGAUGAACGCGUGUUCGGCGACACCGGCAUGGAAGCGUGUAUAGAACUGUCAGCACUUUGCUCGGCUAUAUCGCUUGCUCUAAAUGGCGGCGUGGUGACGUGCGUGGGGACCUCAGGCGUGGGGCGCGGGCCCGCUGCCACAAUCGCGUGCGCCACGCUCGGCUCCAAUCUGUACGUCGUGGACCAACAUAAUCAAUUCCACAACUUAUUUAAAAAUGCUCUAAUAUCAGCAAGCGAAGGAUCAAGAACUUUACUUGUUCUGCGCGAGCCUGUAGCCACGGCUGACGUCCUGUCAUUCGUAGAGGCGUUUCUGAAAGCGAAAUCCAUACAUGUCCUUCCAUCGAGUAUUGUGGCCUCACUGGGACAACACACGCAACAGAGCUUGUCAGAUAUAAAACAAAAUCUAGGGUUAAUGAUUUGCUUGGACAUAGAUCAAGAAAACUUGAAUCAACUGCUGAACUGUCACCCGCUGCUGUUGCGUGCGGGCACUCUGUGCUGGCUGCAGCGCUGGUCGGCCGACACGCUGCGGCAGAUGCCGGCGCGCGUACUGCAGAGGUUGGUAAAAGAGAAUGCUCAAGAAAUGACCAAAGAAGAUGUAGACAGCAUUCCAGUGGAAGGAUUUGUUAAUAUCUACGGGAGCCUGGACGCGGAGUGGGUCCGCUCGCCGAGCCGUUACAUGCACUUUAUACGGACUUACUAUCACAUCUUUAGUAACAAAAAGCAAGCGUUGCUACAACGGCAGGCUACCUUAUCUGCUGGCGUUGAAGCACUCCGCCGAGCACGCAGCGAAGUAGCAACUCUGCAAAAAGAAGCGGCGGCGCAAGAGGUUGCUCUGUCAGACAAACAAGCGAAGGCGAACCAGGCGCUGGAUCAGAUCGGAGCCACGGUGCGCGCCACCACCGACAAGAAAGAGGAAAUGCAUCAGUUGAAGAAGAAUAUUGAACUUGAAAAUGAGAAACUGCAGAUACGCAAAAAGGAAAUCGAAACAGAACUAGCGUCCGUAGAGCCAGUGAUAGCUGCCGCGCGCGCUGCCGUCGGCGAUAUUCGCCCAGAAUCCCUUAGCGAAGUACGUUCUCUGCGAGCGCCACCGGACGUAGUGCGUGACGUGUUAGAAGGUGUUCUACGCCUCAUGGGUAUCGCAGACACUUCUUGGCAUUCCAUGAAGAGUUUCCUCUCUAAGCGAGGUGUUAAAGAAGACAUAAGAUGCCUAGACGCGAGUCAGAUCAGCUCAGAAGCGGCUCUAUCGGUAGAGAAGUUGCUAGAGAAGCGCGGCGCUUCGUUCGAGCAGGCGACGGCGAAGCGUGCGAGCGCUGCGUGCGCGCCGCUCGCCGCGUGGGUGCGCGCCAACCUGGCGUACGCGCGCGCGCUCGCACGCGUGCAGCCGCUGCAGGAGCAACAGAGACAGCUGCACAAGAACUUGCACCAAGCGGAAGCGGAAUUGGCAGCACUAUCGAGCGGGCUGGCCACGGUGGACGAACGAGUAGCAGCGCUCAAGGAACAGCUGGGGCUCCACACGCGCGAGGCGGCCGCGUUGGAACUUCGCCUGUCUACCGCUGUUGGUACCAUACAGGCGGCUAGGGACCUGCUCGACCAACUGGCCCACGAGUACGAGUCCUGGGAGAGUGAUUUGCAAAACAUAUCACGGGAGAUAUUAGAAUUAAACCAACGAUCGCUACUUGCUGCUGCGUAUCUUGUUUAUCUUUCCGAUUUAACAGAGCCACAGUCGAGAAAAUACUUGGCCAAGUGGGGAACGUUAAUAAACUUCGAGGACUCGUCAUUUUCUGUUAUAAAUUUUCUAUCGUCUGCGGAAAACCAAUUGAAAUGGGAAGCAGAUGGCUUGUCACAGGAUCAAUCAGCUAUUAAAAAUGCAGUGUAUAUAGAUCAGUAUCUCCAAAGUCGCUCGUGCGGUUUAAUACCGCUGAUUGUCGACCCGGAGCGUGAGGCGGAGGUGUGGCUCGCACACACGCUUGCCGGCACGCCCUGCGACUUCGUGCCGCAGCACAGCGACAAGCUGUACACUGCUCUACAGUAUGCUGUUAGGUUAAAUCGAGUGAUAGUAAUAACGGAGCUAGAAAGCAUCGAGGAGUGGUGGUGGAGCGCGCUGAGCUCGGGCCGGGCGCGCGCGCUGCUUGUGACGCGCGACGCGAGGGUGACGCGCGCCGCGCCGCACGCGCUUGCGCGACUCGCGCCGCUGCAUUUCGCCGCAAGGCUGCACGCACUCGUCGAUCAGUUAGUGCACUACGCUAUGCAGAAACAAAAUCCUGAAAUGAAUGAGAAGUCAAAGGAAAUCAAACUAACGCGAGCAACAUUACAGAAACAGCAGCACGAGUUACAGGAAAAUCUACUCAAGGACCUUUCAAGCAACAGUGAUAUACUGCACGACGCGAAUCUGCUCGCGUCGCUCAAGAAGACUCGCACAACGAGUGCCACCAUAUCUGAGGCGCUAGCGUCGGCAAAAGCGUUGGAAGUGGAGACUGCGGCUGCGUGCGAGGCGUACGAGGCGAGCGCGCUGUGUGCGGCACAGUUGGCGCUGGCGGUGAAACAGAUGGGUGUGCACAGGCCGCUGGUCACGUUGCCCAUGGACACCGUGUUGGACGUGUUCGUGGGCGCGGUGCGGAGGAGUGCGAAUGCGGGUGACCCUAAGAAUAUAAACUCAGUUGAUGUCACGAAGUUUUUCACAAGAAGAAUCAUAGAGCGAGUGCUGCUUAGUCUUCACAAAAAAGACAAGUAUAUCUGCGUGAUGCACUUGUUGAGACAUGUCUACGAUAAUCUCGUACCGGAAAAGCUAUGGCAACUGUUUGUUGGGAACUUUAAUCUUAUUGAGGAGAAAGUUGUGGUUACCGAGAUUAAAAUGAAAUACCAGUGGAUAAGCGAUGAGUGUGUGAAGAAGUUAGCGCAAAUAAAGGUACAGGAUGAGGGUUUAUUCGGGAGACUUUCGUUGGAUAAAUCAGACAUCUGGUUGGAGUUUCUGAAGUCAGGAGAUUUGCUCACUAUCGGAAGACUAAAUCUGAGUUUGUUCGAAAAUAUCGUCGCAGUGGCGGCCAUGCGUCCCGACUCGCUUUACAGAGCGAUCACUGCGUUUGUGGAUGAUAUAUUGGGUGCAGGCGGCAUGUCCGGCGGGGAGAGCGUGGCGCGCGCGGUGCGCUGGGCGACGCCUGCUCGGCCGGCGCUGCUACUGGCUGCGCACGCGCCCGACGUGCUCGUCGCGCACGCCUCGGCGAACUCGCACGCGCUCACCACGGUGGGAAUCGAAGACGGUGUGAAUGUGUGGGAAGCGUCCUUGGAAGCCAGUCGUGGCGGCGCCUGGCUCGCCAUCGUCGUGGGCGCAUCGCCGUUCACGCGGGACUUGCUGGCCUUUGUGACGUCACUGACGGAACGACCGACUACCGAUUUUAGCGAUGGGUUUCGUUUGUGGAUAUUAGCCGAAGAUCGCGAGAUACCGUCUACUUUGACGAACAUGUGCGUCAAUGUUGUUCUGGAAGCGGCGGAGGGCGUGAAGCGCAACGUGUGCGGCACGCUGAGCGCGUGGGGGCGGCGGGCGGGCGACGCGGGGAUGCUGCGACACCUGGCGCGUCUCGCGCUCUUCCACGCGCUGGUGCAGGAGCGCCGCGCGUACAUACCGCAAGGCUGGUCCCGCUGGUACGCGUGGGAGUGGGGCGACGUGAGCGCGAGCGCCGCGUGCGCGGGCGCGGGUGCGGACGCGGCGCGCGAGCUGUGCGGGGCGCUGUACGCAGCGCGAGUCGACGGGCGGCGCGACCGCGAGCUGUUGCAAGCGCUGCUGCGCCGCUGCAUGCUGGACGCAGCCAACACGCUGCCCGCGCCGCUGCCGCUCGCUACCAACAUGCAGGAUUACAUAGCAGCGCACGAGGCGCUGCCGGACAUGGACUCGCCGCAACUGCUGGAGCUGCCGGCUAACUGUCGCGUAGCGUGGGAGAAGAACGCCGCCGACAACAUCGUCGCCGGCCUAAGAGAACUGAGCACAACUACAGCGACUAAACAGUCUGAUGCCGCGACUCCUCUAAAAACACUUUUAGUUCUGUGGAAGAAAUUAAUGUCUGGCUGCCCACUAAUCAAAGCGGACUAUCAUAUUGAAAAGCUGUGCGGCGGCUGGUGGGGCGCGGUGUGCGCGGCCGAGCUGCGCGACGCGGCGCACGCGGCCCGCGCGCUGCACGCCGCGCUCGCCCGCUUCGCGCACGCACCCGCGCAUGCGGCGCCGCUACUGCACAAGGUGCCGGAUGCGUGGCAGCUGCUGUGGGCGGGCCCGGAUGCACCAGAAGUGUAUCUCAGAGAGUUCAGUGCGCGCGCCCGCGCCGCCGUCCAGAGGAGCUGUGACCUUAAAUCUAACGACGACUACUUUCCUACAGAGGUGGACGUGCGCACGUUCGUCCGCCCGCAGCGCGUGCUGAGUGCGCUGCGUGCCCGCUCCGCCGCGCAGCGCGCCUGCGCCGCACACGCGCUCGCUCUCGCGGCCAAGUGGGACUGUACCGAAAGCGUCACCGACGGCGUGGUGUUACGCGGGCUCGUGCUAAGCGGCGGCGCGUGGGCGGAGGGCGCGUUGCGAGCCGCCUCGCCCGCCGCGCCACCGCACGCGCCCGCGCCGCCGCUGCUGCUGCGAUAUAUAGCUCAGGACACCACGUCGUCUCCGUACGGGGAGCACGCGUUCGAGGUGCCGCUGUACACGAGUGCGGCGCGUGACGAGGAGCUGGCGCGCGCGCGGGCGCCGCUGCACGCGACUCUGGCGCCGCGCACCGCCUUGCUGCACGCACUCGCGCUCGUAGUCGCGCCUUGUGACUGAACCCUCAGACUAAAUACAUAAGGACUAGUAUCGCACCCAAAUUCACGAACAAAAUUUUCUGCCAUUUUCUAAGGAAAACUGCUAGUUUAGUAUAAGAUAUGUAUGAAAUCUAGUUUAGAUUUCAUACGUAUCUUAUACUAAACUAGCAGUUUUUGUUCGUUUUUUACGCCAUUUAACUACACAAAAAGGUAUUUUUACGGAGGUUUUUAACCGACGGACACGAUUGUAAACUAUGAAACGUCGAUUCUAUAGAGACAGUGUUUAUAAUCGCAUAAGAUCAUAUAUUUUGACAGAAAAAUAAUGUCUUGCGAGGCAGGUCUUUAUCUAAUUAGUCUGAGGACUGAACCUGAUACCAGGCAUCCAUGGGGGGCAAGCAGGGCAUUUUAUUUUUUUUAAAAGAAUAUUUGCCAUAUCUUUUAUAAUAUGACCAAUAUUCCCAUUGCGGCAAAAAUGAAAUGUGGUAAAAUUAACUUAUUCCCCGGCAGACUUAUUUUACCUCUGCGUUUGGGUCACAGCAAUUGACAUGUGUACUUAAUUGUUCCAGUAGAUUCUGAGAAAAUUUACUGUGACAGACAUGCGGAUGUGCGCGAUAGAUCUUACAAUGGUUCCGUUUUUGUACGUAGGUACAUACGUUCGGAACCCUAAAAAAAGUGUUUUUGGCGUAUGGAAAGGGCGACAAAAUUUAUCUUUGCCCGGAGCGGCUAAAUUUCUGGAUUAGGCUCUGCCUGAUACAUUGUGUAACCGUACAGCCUACGGAUAGUGCCAUCUGUCGCCUUUUCGUUUGAUCAUCAUAUCAGCCGAUGAACGUCCACUGCAUUACAUAGACCUUUUAUAAGAACUUCCAAACGACACGAUCCUGAGCUGCCUGCAGACAUUGUCACACUGACUCGCUUGAUAUCAGUCAGUGAGUGGCAUGAUACAUAAGUUGUAAUAAACUGGCCAUAAAACUGGAUUAGGGGCGAUACAAGUACUUUUUAGCAGUGCGAGAAAUUGGGUCUUUUUCUUUUUUUCUUUUUCGGCAAUAUGAUUACGUCUUUUAUUAUUCUCGUCAGGCGAUAUAAAAUGGAACAUUUCGAGACUAAGCCACAAAAUAUCUAAAACAAUAUUGUGGAUAGGCCUUGCAAGUGUUAUUAUUAUAUAGAAUUUGUUUGUCACCCUUUCAAAAUCACACAACACUACCGGUCGUCCUGAAAUACGUAGAAUCUGUUGUCAGGGUUACAAAACAGUGUACUGUACUGUACCAGAAUAAUAUUUAUUUAUGCCACUGGAAUGUUAUGAGGACCAUUGUAGGACGAGUGCACGAGUGAUUUUAAUGAAGCGAAGCCGAAUUGCACAAUAGACAGAACGAGUGCUUCAAUGGCUAAUUGCGGCAUAAAAUAGUUUUUCUACAACCUUGUUUUUCAUGAUAUGGUUUGAGGUUUUAUUUGAGUAGAUUAUGAACUAGGAGUAAAAAAAAUAUUAGUACAACUUGCACACCAAUAUCAUGUACUGCAACACUUUAAACUGCACAAUGCUAAAAAUGUAAACUAGUUGCGUGUAUUUUCGAUAGUUCAUAAGAUCUGACUGUGGAAGGUAAAUAAAUGAAAGAAAUAGUAAA